AUGGCUCUUCUCGAGCAGGUUUUAGGUCAAUUAACCACAAACCCAUUCAUAGCUCUAAUAACAAUUACAAUCCUAUCCCUCCUCUUCCGCUGCACCUACCGCUGCACGCUGCACCCUCUCUCCCACAUCCCAGGUCCACUCCUCCCCAAACUCACAUCCCUCUGGCUCCACUACCAUGCCUACAUCGGCGACGAAGCAAGCUGCAUCCACAAACUCCACAACCAAUAUGGUCCCAUUGUCCGCGUCUCUCCAUCGGAAAUCGACAUCGCAGAUGCAGAUGCCAUAACCCCAAUCUACAUAUCCAAAGGCGGAUUUCCCAAAGCUCCGUGUUAUGCAAAUUUUGAUGUCGAUGGUCAUAAGACGAUAUUCUCGACCACAGAUGCGGAGUUUAGGGCUCCGAGGGCAAAGGCGGUUAUGCCCUUGUUUUCGACGAAAAGUAUUAGGGAUAAUGAGGCUGCGUUGUAUGGAUGUGUGGAAAAUAUGGUGAGGAGAAUGAAGGAGGAUGCUGAUGGAGGGGAAUCAGUCAAUUACUUGAAUCUGGCGAGGAGUUUGGCGCUGGAUGCUAUUUCUACACAUUUGUUUUCGGAAAAUUACAAUGGAACUUCUGAGAAAGGAGAAAGACUUUCGGCUUCGGCAUUUGUGGAUGCGUUUGUAGCUGUGGGAAGAUUCUUCUAUUUACCAAAUACAGUCUUUAUUUGGUUAUCAUGGUUUAUGGAAAAAUUCAUGACGGAUUCACAUACUGAAAAUUCCAUAAAGUUGGUGGACCAGUUUGUGGAUAAUCUUGUGGAAUCUACACCCAAGGAGAGUAAGAAUUAUCCCGGUCGAUUACUCAAUAUGGGGUUCAGCAAGUCGGAAGUGAAGUCUUCAUGCAAAGAUCUUAUGUUUGCGGGAACGGAUUCUACAGGUAUGAAUAUGGCAACUAUCUUUCGAUGUUUGGUGUUGUGUCCGGAAAAGUAUGAAAUCCUCCGGACUGAAAUCAUGGAAAAUACAAAUUCUCCCAUCAAACAAGAAAUCCAAGCUCUUCCCUACCUCUCCGCUGUAGUGAAAGAAGGUCUACGCAUCAGCAUGGCAAAUCCCACUCGUCUACCUCACGUCGUCCCUAUCGGUGGAUGGACAUUCAAAUCCGUCUACUUCCCCGCUGGAUCUAUCGUAGGCUGUUCUGCCUACGAGCUCCACUUUAAUCCAGAUGUCUUUCCAAAUCCCCAUGAAUUUCAGCCGGAAAGAUGGCUGGAAGGGAAUGUCACCCCGGAAGCGAAUAAAUAUUGGUUUGCUUUUGGUGCAGGUAGUAGAGCGUGUAUUGCGAGGAAUCUUGCUACGGUGGAACUUUAUAUGGCGGUGGAGAAAGUGGUAGAAAGUGAUGUUUUGAGGGGUGCGAGAGUUUGUCAGGAGAAGGUUGAGAUUUUUGAGUGGUUUAAUUCGAGUGUGAAGGGGGAGAAACUAGAAUUCGUUUGGAAUCGGAAUGACAAGCGAUGA